AUGAAAAAGUCUGAUGUUGAAAAAGCAUGGACAGAAAUUAUAGAAAAAGUAGGAUCCACUCCUUCAAUGGUAUUUUCAGUCAUAGGAGAUUCCGACAGCUUUGUUCCCAUUCCAUGGGCAAAAUCGGUGUUCCAAACAGCGUUGAUUGAGGCCGCUAAAAAUGGAGGGGAUACAUGGAUCCUUUACCGUGGAUUUAACUACGGUGUGUCUUCUAUUGUGCGGCGUGCCUAUCAGAAGUACGGGGACAUGGAAUUUCGCGCGAAUAGCCGUAAGGUUCUUGUAAACAAUGCGAAGAGACACGUGAAAUUAAUACGCAUUGCUGGAAAAACUGCAUCUUCUAAAGCCCAACAAAUGUCAAAUCAGACCACCACGGAAUCCACAGAGGCUAAAUGCAGCAUUGAACCUAGAGACAAGAUUGCCUUCUUACAAGGCUUUCAGGAAUACGUGUCUAAGAAAGAAGUUCCUUUCCUCAGUCAAACGAUAGACAUAAAAUUGCCUAUUCCAAUUGUCGUUUUGGCGUGUGAGGGUGAUAUACAAACCAUUGAACACAUAGCGGAAGCUUUAAAAAGGAAGAUUCCGGUCAUAUUAAUCAAGGGAUCUGGAAGAGCGACGGAUCUUAUUUUGGAUUACAUAGAAAACAAAGACCUUUUUAAGAAGAAUGCAAGAGUUCUUUUGGGACUUCGAUUUGAUGAGAAUAUUAAUCGAAGAGUGACAAAGGACCUAGACGAGAUUGCCCAGGCAUUUGAUUUGAUUAGUGUCUUUGAUGUUAGCAGUGAUGACCCAUUGAUGCUCUCAAACAUCAUUGGUAAAGCGAUAAUUAAUUGCUGGGCUAUGGAAAACAUUUUAAGGAGUAAAAAUGCAGAAGCAAGAAUGAAAAGCCAACUGGAGAUGUUAAAGAGGUACAGGGAACCAAUAGCCUACGUUUCAGACCCAAAGUACUCCUCUCCGACCUCUUUGCCAUUGUACUUCUAUUUCGAGUACCAGUUCCUGCAGGAGCAAGGAAAGCUAAAAGAACAUGGGCAUCAAGCUGACUCUGAAGACGUUAAAAAGAUUCGUGAAUAUUCAAGUCAAGAUGAAGAGACACAAAAAGAGUUCUCUCUUUUUGCAAUUCGAUUAUUUCGGAAAUUCAUGGGAUACCCAGAACUGGAAGAGAUCGAAGAUAUUGCAGGACUUGAAAAAAUGGGAUGUGAAGAUUUUUAUUACGUGAAAUCCUCUGAUAUCUUGCUUUGGGCGAUGUUUGCAAAUAGGAGGGAAAUCGCUGAAAUGUGUUGGCUUCGAACAGAAAAUCACUUGUUUAUAGGUUUAGCUUGUGCUGGAGUGCUGAAAAAAAUGUCUGCAAAGGCGAAAAAUAUGAAAAAUGAAAAUCUUUUGAAAGAAUUUGCUGAUCAUGCCAAGAUAUUUAGAGAUAGGUGUCUGGCAAUGAUGGACUGUAUGUACGAGGAGGAUGAACAAAAUGCAAUAAAUCUGAUGGAUGAAGACGUCAGUAUAUGGGGUAUAAAGACCAGUCCCCUGGAUUUUGCUCAUGAAAACUUUAUGUAUGAUAUUGUGGCUCACAAUUGCUCCUAUAUAAGCAUGAACAAUAAGUGGUACAACUAUCUAGGUCCGGACAAGGGCACCAUUAUGAAAUCUGCCUUUCGAAAACCAGGACAAUUUUUCAAUGCUCCUGUCACAAAAUACACGAUAAAUUACUUCAUCUUCUUCAUCACAAUAGUGAUGUACAGCGCCUUCGUGUUGACCAGCACUGGAAAGGAAUACUACUCAAUAGGCACAACUAAAGCAUUUGAGUAUUAUGUCUACAUUUGGGCAGCUGGGGACCUACUUGAAGAACUUAUAAUCUGCUUUGGCUGUCAAGAAGCAAGAGAUCGAUCACACAAGAGAUAUUAUUCCAGACUGAGGAGGCACCUGCAUGACUUCUGGAAUGUGGUGGACUUUUUCUCCUAUGCCUUAAUGUUUACAGCGUUGAUUCUACGGCAUUAUUAUUCAUCCACUGACUUUACUGCAGCAAGGAGGAUAUUUUCCCUGACUCUCCUUGUUAUGUACUUGAGAUUCCUGGAAUUUUUUAGGGUGUACAGAAUUAUGGGACCUUUUCUUAUUAUGAUAAAAGAAAUGCUGAUAGAUCUCACCCGCUUCAUUGCUCUCGCUGUGUUUGUCGUACUUGGGGUAGGAAUGUACUACCACGCUAACUUGUGGCCAGAUCACUCUACCAUCUGGAGCGGAAACUGGGUCGACUGGAGAAUUUGGGAAAUAAUUUAUUAUCCCUAUUGGCAGUUACACGGCGAGACUAACAACAAAUAUUUGGAAGGAGGUAUCCAAACUAGCUGUACAAACGUGUCGAGCGUUUGGAAGACAGAUCCCUCCAUAGACCGCUGUCCCGAGGAAGACUGGACUGUGUCCGCCAUAGCCGCUAUCUACGUGCUGUUCUCCAACCUGGUCUUAGUGAAUCUUGUUAUUGCCAUGUUUAGUAAUACGUUUACAAGGGUGCAAGAAAAUGCUGAAACAUUCUGGAGAUUCAACACAUGCACUGUCAUCAACGACUAUGUGUGGAGAGUGCCAUCUCCUAUAAAUCUUUUUCUUCCAUAUCGAUUUUUCUGUUGUUUAAAAAGGAACAGGAGGUGUAGAGGCAAAUGUAGAGGAUGCUUUAACAAAGUACAGGAACUAGAAUUUGCCAAUGAACAAAGGAUUUAUAGAAUACAUCUCCAGAGGAAUACAGCAUUUGAGAUAUUUAAUAAAAUGUAA